AUGAGACGCAAUCAUCCUCCCACAACCACGGAAGGUUCGCCCAUCCCUUCACUUCAUAUUUGGACACACCAGAGUUCCUCAAAACGAACUUGCGGACAAAUCUGCGAAAGAAGUCAUGGCACCCCGCCUUUCCCCAAAACGUCCCAGCAUAGACUACGGACGUUCUUACGACAAUUCAUCGAUACCGCGUCCAACAACAGAAUGCUGAGAACCCCACAUUGGAAAAAAACAGAGAGACAACGGCGAGUAAAUAAACUAAAAACACACCUCGCAACUCCAACACCCGGGGUGGGAGAAAGCAUACCCCAACCAAGUUCUGCACAAACGCCUCUAGGCACGUUGGCUGGGUCCACAGAAUCGUCACGAAAGACACUGACCCAUCAUGCCGCUGGUGUAGACAGCACAACCACACCCCCCUCCAAGCAUAAAUCCGACACCAUCACAGAGCACCACUCUCAAACGACAAACUCCCAACCGCACAUUGUCGCACCCCUCGCCAUCAGAUCAGACCGACCAUUACUCUGCCCCACUGGCUAUGUGGCACACAAACAAAUGGCAAACGCUAGAAGCCAUAUGCAGAUGCACCACCACCCGUAA